CAAACUCACGUUUUAUUCUCCCACGUUUACGCCCAAAGGUUAUAAAUCGGAACUUACAAUAGACCCAUGGUCAAACGACAAACACUCAAACUACAAGACCCAUUUUUGUAAUUUGGCUUCACAUAAAACCCCGAGCGUAAACCCAUCAACAACAUACCCCCGACAUGCGCCACCUCCUAAAACCCCUCCGCCACCAUUUCCGCCGUCUGCGGUGGGCCCACCACAAGGCCCAGAAGCCGGCACCGACCCCCUCAGCGCAACCGAGACCGCCACGGCCGCCGCAGAAGCCCGAGAGCUUCACCUUCCACGACCACACGUGGGAGGACCCGUACAACUGGAUGUCGAAGCUCAACGACAAGGUGGCGAUGCGGCACCUGGAUAUGUACAUGGAGCAAGAGGAGAAGUACACGGAGGCCGUCAUGUCCUGCACCGACCGCCUCCAGAGCAAGCUCCAGUCCGAGAUGGCCUCUCGCAUCGCCUCCGACCUCGCCACCCCUCCCCUUCGCUGGGGCCCCUGGUUGUACUACCGGCGCGUGGAGGAGGGGAAACAAUUUCCAGUGCUCUGCCGGAGACUAGCGAGUUUAAACGACGAGUUCAUUUCACACAAAUCGCCGUCUUCCGGAUUCGAUUUCACUUCGGGAAAAAGGAUCGAGCAGAAGCUCAUUGAUUACAAUCAGGAAUCACAAAGAUAUGGCGGUUAUGCUUACGAAGAGUUAUCGGAAGUAUCGCCGGAUCAUCGGUUUAUAGCUUACACAAUGUAUGAUAAGGAGAGUGACUUGUUUAGAUUAUCUGUUAGGAAUUUGAAUUCUGGUGCAUUGUGUAGUAAGCCGAAAGCAGAGCGUGUUUCGAAUUUGGCUUGGGCCAAAGACGGGCAGGCAUUGCUUUAUGUUGUCACUGAUGAAAACAAGCGGCCUUAUAGGAUAUAUUGUAGCACGAUUGGAUCAACCGAUGAUGAUGUUUUGAUUCUGGAAGAACCAGAUGAAAAUGUUUAUGUUAACAUCCGACAUACUAAAAAUUUCCAGUUUGUGACAGUGCAUACUUUUUCCACGACGUCUUCCAAGGUGUUUUUGAUAAAUGCAGCUGAUCCAUUGUCCGGGAUGAACUUGGUUUGGGAGUGUGAAGGUAUAGCCCAUGGCAUACUUGAGCAUCAUCAAGGAUAUCUUUAUCUGUUUACUGAUGCUUCAAAAGAGGGCCAGUCAACCGAUUACCAUUUUCUUCUUCGUAGUCCUCUAGAUUCUUCUUCAAGUCCAAGAAUAUGGGAGAACGUAUUCGCCAAUGACAAGGACUGGAUUUUUGAGGAUUUUGAUUUCAGUCAUACACACUUAGUAGUUAUUUUAAAGGAAGGGCGAAACUUUAAACUUUGUUCAGUCACUUUACCUUUGCCUGCUGGUAAGGGGGCAGUGCAUCUAAAAGAGCUUCACCCACAAUUCCUGCCCCUUCCAAAAUAUGUUUCGCAAAUAUCACCUGGACCAAAUUAUGAUUACCAUUCAUCAGUGAUGCGCUUCACAAUAUCAUCACCUGUGAUGCCGGAUGCUGUGGUUGAUUAUGACCUGUCAAAUGGAAAGUGGAAUAUCAUUCAACAGCAGAAUAUUCUUCAUGAAAGAACACGGGUUUUGUAUGGAACAACUUCCAUAGAAAGCAUCAACGAGGAGACCAUAAAUUCAAAACCUUUGAAUUUUAUAACUGAUGCCAACUCUGAUGAUGCUCAGUUGUGGAAUGAUCUUUCUGAGUUUUAUGCUUGUGAACAAUAUAAUGUAUCUUCUUAUGAUGGAGUUUUGGUUCCAUUGACUGUUGUAUACUCCCGUAAAAACAAGAAAGAGGAUCAGAACCCUGGAUUGCUUCAUGUCCAUGGAGCUUAUGGUGAGCUUCUGGACAAGCGGUGGCGGAGUGAGUUGAAAAGCCUUCUUGAUCGUGGUUGGACCAUUGCGUAUGCUGACAUUAGAGGCGGAGGAGGUGGAGGAAAGAAGUGGCACCAUGAUGGAAGGUGUACAAAGAAGAUGAAUUCCAUCAAAGAUUACAUCUCCUGUGCCAAAUUCCUUGUUGACAAAGAAAUUGUCCAUGAAAACAAGCUUGCUGGUUGGGGUCAUAGUGCUGGAGGACUCGUGGUUGCUUCAGCCAUCAAUCAAUCCCCAUAUUUAUUUAAGGCUGCAAUUUUGAAGGUUCCAUUUUUAGACGCAACAAACACUCUUCUCUCUCCCAUUUUACCACUUACAGCUGCCGACUAUGAAGAGUUUGGAUACCCUGGGGACAUUGAUGAUUUUCAUGCUAUACGUGACUAUUCUCCUUAUGACAAUAUCCAGAAGGAUGUUCUUUAUCCAGCUGUCAUGAUCUCCUCAUCUUUCAAUACACGAAAGUGGCAUGUUUCAGAUUUGGAGUUUGGGAAUCUGCAAAAUGGAUCGCGCGGGUUCGUGAACUUACAAUUUAUGACCAAAAUCGUCCGGUACUGCUUAAUUUAACAACAGAUAUAGUGGAGGAAAACAGGUACCUCCAGUGCAAGGAGUCGGCACUGGAGUCUGCAUUUCUUAUAAAGGUGAUGGAAUCAUAGAUCCUAUUUCGCUUUCCCUUUCCCUCUCCCUAGUGAAUCUGUUGAUCAGCAACCGAGAGUCUAGAUGCUGGAAACAAGUGUCCAGAAGAGCAUCCCCCGAUAAACUAUAGUGUGGUUUGUAACACAGUCACGUGAUAUAACCAAUCCACGUGUUAUAUUCUGUAUGGCACAAGUUGCUUUCAACUAUUGUGGUCAUAGUUGUUAUCUCUACAUUUAUUAAUGAAAUCGAAGGUAAGAUAAAGGUAUC